GCGAGUGAGGCGGAAGUGAGGAUGGGGCCAAGAUGGCGGCUGGCGCUGGGGGCGCUUCUGGGGUUGGUGGUCGCCCCUUCGCGGUCGGCCGAGGGACUCGCCGAGAACGAUGCCAAAGCGCCCGUGAGUCUGACGGGCACAACGCCGUGUUGGCGGCGGGAGGAUUUCGUGGUCACGACGGAAUGCUCACCCUGUACGAGUUUCCAGAUUAAAACCAUGUCGGAAUGCGGCGUCACCGGCUUUGUUGAGCAGAUCAACUGCGGGGUGUCCAAGAAGGGCGAAUUCAAGAGUUGCCGCUCUUUGGAAAUGGAGACCCGGAUCUUCUGGAAGUUUGAGGGCGCCAUGCUGGGGGCCGCCGCCGUCUUCGCCUUUCUCGUGGUAUGUCGCCAGCGGGUGCUGGACGGAAAAGCCCUGGAGAAAGUGCGCAAACAGAUCGAAUCGAUUUAGCUUCGGUUAAAUCGGGCGAAGCGGAGGGGGACGGAUCCAGACUUCGCCGUGGGGGAAGAGCAGUCUAGCGUCGCGGUGUCGGACCGGUGUCGCUUCCCUCUUCGGGGUCGUGGCGAAAGAGGGGGUGCGCCCCCCUGCUUUGAGAAAAACUCACGACGUUUGGGCCACCCCACCCCCCCCCCUUCCCUGAUUCUUCAUCUCUGGCAGCUUGAAAUCAUGCAAUUCGAACUCGCUUCCCGGCUGGGAACUUCCGCCCGUCGCCGUCGUUUUGAGCCUCGCGGCUGGAAGUGCGUCGUAUGAACGGGACUCCCUUGUACGAACCCUGAAUCCGUUUUCCCCUCCUGGUGAUUAAAGGUGCUCCCCUCGAGCGUCACUCUGCACCCCAGGAUUGGUGGCUGUUUCGAA